AUGGGGUUGUGCUUAUUUUCGUGUGCCGGUCGCGCUUCUGUGCACGAUUGCGGUAGAUUCAACGUAGUGCGCGAGAAUUACGCCAGCGCAGGAGGCAACAGCAAGCGGCGAAAGCAAAAGCCGACAACAGGCGUGCCAAGAGCUCCUUCCGAAACGUUAUUUCUCCCUACCCAUGAAACGGGGUUUUGGUGGCCCGCGUUUCUUGAACACUGCCCCCCCGUUGAAGAGGCUACUCCUCCGGUCUGUUAG